AUGAAGCCAGAAGCCUCCCGCAUCACGACGGAGUCCUACAAAAGUAGGACGAACGGAUCGCUGCGGUGGUGCGGCGGCCGAUGGCGCAAAUCUUAUACCUCACUACUCGCCGUGCUUGCAGACGUGCCCGAGAGCCUCCGCGACAUCGUCAAGGGCGUGGACUUCCCCGGGGACAGCGGCGUGGCGCCCGACGUGCCGCCGCCCUGGCUGGACCGGGCCAAGUUCGAGCGCGGCCAGGCGUUCGCGAGGAAGAACUUCUUCAGCCUGGCCUACGCCGAGGUGCUGUCGCUCAUCAUCAACUUCCUCUUCCCCGGCGAGCUGCAGCCGCUCAUCUUCACGCAGCGCUCCUCCACCGUGUACACCUCGUACAGGCGCUACCUCGACACGGUGAACCGCGUCAAGACGUGGUACGAGGCGGACCCGUGGAAGGUGGGCUCCGUGGCGUACCAGAACAUGGCGACGGUGCGGGGCUACCACCUGGACGCGUCGCGGAGGCUCACCCAGCUGGCGGAGACGGACCCGGACACGCUCCGGCUCAACACCACCUUCGGGCUGCACAGCGACCCGCCGCGCGUCUGGAGCGGGCCGAUGGUGGAGAGGCUGUGUGAGGACGCCAGGGCCGCGACGUGCCCGAGCGACUACGUCGACGCCGUCCUCAAGGACCGCGACGUCACCACGCGCGUGCACCUGAACCAGUUCGACAUGUCGCUGACGCAGUUCGCCUUCUCCGGACUCCUCGUCACGUUCCCGGAGCGGUUCGGGCUGCACGGCAACCUGGAGCGCGAGCUGGACGCCUUCUGCCACGUGUGGGCCGCCCUGGGCUACACGCUCGGCAUCGAGGACAAGUACAACUUCAACCUGGGCGGGCUGGCGGUGACGCGGCAGCGCACCCGCGACGUCCUCGAGUACCUGGUGCGGCCCCGCCUGCGCACCGUGAAUCGCGACUGGGAGCACAUGCUGCGCGUGCUGUUCGAGGGCCUGGGGCUGUACGUGCCCGGCACCUCGUUCGACGCGAGCAUGCUGUUCCUGAUGGAGACGAUGGGCGUGCCGGCGCCGCGGCUCAGCGCGCAGCUCAGCCGCAACUCGCGCCUCAUCACCAGCACCAUGGCCUUCUUCAUGGAGGGCGUGAUGCGCGUGCCGAGCGUGCGCACCUGGGCCAACCAGGAGCUGGCCAACAACCUCAGGCGCACCAACUCCAACAGCGUCUCGUCCCGCUACACGGACGGCAUCAGGCGGCGGUCCUACCGCUACGAGUUCCUGCCCUUCCCCGGCCGCUACCAGUGCUCCUGAGCGAGCUCCUAUGAUGGGGCGGCGGCGGCAACCACUCGCCAGUUUGAAAGCGAGAACUUAGGGCCAGACAUGAUCUCGAUAAGACACUUCCCCGUGCCAAGACCCCUGGCCUCUCCUUUCAUUCAUUGGUGAAGUGCGUUCUUUCUUCAGACUUUUUUAGUCAUGUAAACCACCGAGGACAGUAUUCGAUGGCGUUCGGGUUCGGGUUCUUCUUCCAUGCCACAAGACUGGACCGGACAGUUGCCGUGCUCCUGCGCCAUCUUCGACGUAUCCCUUUCCUUGUUCCUUCUCAAUCUCUAUCUCCCUUCCGUCCGAGUGAAGCGGCGGCCGACCGGACAAAUAACGCCCGGCGGCGUCGCUGGGAGAGAGGAAGAGAGCGAGAGGGAGGGAGUGAGAUAGGGAGAUAGGGGGAGGAGGGACGGGAAGGGGCGGAGGGGUAGUGGCAUGAAAAUAAGCACUCUACGCGUUGCGCGUUGCCGCAGGACGCGGCUAAAGAGUACCUAUGUGGACGUGGCGCGCCUCAGCCGCCGUUCGUCUUCCGAGCCAUGAUGAACCGUUGCAAAACGAACAGCAGCAGCGGCAGCAAGAUCAUCAUGUCCUCUUGAAUAUUGUGAUAAGGGAAACGAUUGUUAAGAUCACCAACUUAAAAAAAGGCGUCUCAACUAGAGGCUGAUCAAGAAAACGUGUGGUCUUUAACAAAUUGUGAUAAUUUUCUGAGUCCUGCCAUUUUUGUAUCUUUUGUAAUUUUUUGUUUUUAAUUGUCUAAGUUUUGUGUGUACAGUAAAUUAAAGUUAAAAGCGGA